UUAAGUGAUACAUUUUGCAUUAAAAGUUUUUAUCGAUCUUUCGAGUAUUUUUUCUUGUGUUGGUGGUGUCUAAGUGAGUCUGGUUGAAGAUUAAGAUUUUGGAAGUAUAUACACCAUAUAACAAUUUAUUUUUGUAAACCCCAUACACACAACCGUACCUCCAUGAUAGUAUACUGAGUCAGUGAACGGCAACGAGAUGGUUACCCCGCCCCAGCAAUUCUGCGUUCGUUGGAACAGCUACCAGUCCAACCUGCAGAACGCCUUCCCCAAACUACUCACAUCCGAGCACUUCGUAGACGUGACGCUGGCCUGCGAAAAUGAGAUGCUCAAGUGCCACAAGGUCGUGCUGUCGGCCUGCUCGACUUACUUCGAGAAACUCUUGUUGGACAACCCCUGCCAGCACCCCAUCAUCUUCAUGAAGGACAUGAAAUUCAGUGAGAUGCAGUCCUUGGUGGACUUCAUGUACAAGGGUGAGGUGAACGUAACUCAGGACGACCUACCUUCGCUGCUGAAAUCGGCGGAGGCGUUGCAGAUACGCGGGCUCUGCGGUUCCGACCAGCUGCUGAACCCCACAUACUUCGGUAAUAUCAGGAACAUGCAACAACACGUGCAACACCCCUUUCACAACCCUGCUCCAAAAAUGAGUUCACACAUUGUCAAAACCGAAAAUAUACCUCAACCCAGCCAAGUCCCCAUGAACAAAGAAGGCGAGCCGGUGGUGAAGAAAGAAGGUGCCGAAGGCUCAGACAGCGGAAAUAACCCUUCGUCUUCAGAAUGCGACUCCAACGACGGCAUGUUGCAAAUAAAAGAGGAUAUAGAAGAGGAACCGGACGAUUCCUUCUUCGACGGGGACAGCGAGUUGAUGGACCAGGAACUGACGGAGGAAGACGGGACUGUUAACACUGAUGUCAAACCACAGUUUUCUGCGAUCGCCAAUGUAUCUUGCCAGUACGACGGAGCACCAGGGUCAGCCAACCGUCGCAUCCGGCGAUCGGACGAGGAGCUCCGCAGGGCGGCGGAGUGCAUAACCCGCGGACAGACUUUCCAGACGGUCAGCGACCAAUUCAACAUCCCCAUAUCCACCAUCCGGUUCUACAUGGCGCGAAAGGGCAUCCUGCCGCGACGUAAGCGCGGCAGGGCGUGCGCCGGUCCCCUGGGCGUGGGCAUGGGCAUGCCCAUCAGUACGUCGUACAACUCCCCGGCGAGUCCCAUAGGUCCCCCGUACCAUAUCGUGCACUACAAGUUACCGGCGUUGGGAGUCUCGAAACUUAAAUAGGUCUUUCUGGGCAGCGCGUGCUCUGAUAUGUUGAGAUAAUUCUGAGUUUUCUCAUGUCUCGUGUCUGGUCGACCUUCUGUAGGCCCAUUUUAUUAUUAGCGUUAUUUGAUGUAGCGGACGGAGUUCCGGAUCGAGGGGGUGCUCCAAGGAGUCGUGGAUUUUAUCAAACUUAUUGGUUUAAUCAGAGUUUGGGCUUUCAUGUAAAAUGUUAGAGGAAGGUGUUUGGUCAUGUAUCGUAAAGUUGUUGAUUUUUUGUUUUUCUCGAUGGCUGUAUUACUUUUGUCCUUGGAGCGCCUCUGAUUCUUACGGUUCGUUCCGUACCUUCAUAACUGACUGUAUUGAGGCCAUAUUUAUGUGAAAUUCACUCUUAUUUAUUUAUAAUUUUUACAAUUUUUUUUUUAAUUUUGAGGAUCUCGUCGUGACUUUAUUUUUCGUCACUUUUUGACGGUACUUAGGAAAUAAGUAUUUUUUUGCUGCCAAAUAAGAUUUUUUUAUUUAUUUAACUUAAUCUUUAGUUUUCCCAUGAUUUUUACGUUGAUUUCGCGUUCGUUUCGAUCAAGUAAAAAUAUGUCUUCUCUAAGAAUAAUGUAAACUUAAGGAAAAUUGUGGUAGAAUGAGAACUUGUAGGAUGUGAAUUCUAGUAAAUAUAUGGAUAUCGGAAACUACGGUAUAGGAAAGUUAUUGUACAAAUUCUGUCUGACUUUGAUAUUAUACCUACGAAAAAUCUCAAUUUGAAACCUGUACUAGUCUUGUAACGGAUGAUUAUUUUUCGUAUGUAAGUUUUUAGUAUUUUUUUGCAUUUUACACAAACUAGUUGUAGUUUUGCUGCCAUUCUUUAUGGAUAUCCCUAUUAGUAUAGUUUGUUAACACAAAACUGGGAUCUGCAACUUUAACAAAAUGUCCAUUCAUUUACUCAACAACAUUUUCGUUUGGAUUGAAUCUAAAUGGACUGCGCGUGUAUUUAAAAAUUUUCGCUCCCAGUUUGUCACUAAAAUUAAGUUGUCAAGCUCAAUGAAAACUAACCUCUUAUUUAUACGAAUAUCGUGAUAUCUUGCUCUCUAUUUUAACACAUUACGGUUCAUUUUUUUCUUUACCCUCACAUCGUUGGUCGUCGGACCUUAGUUGUAAUCAAAAAAAUAAAAUAAAAUACGAAAGUAACUAGGCUUCCAUUUUUACACUCAGAGUAGUUAUACGUACUAAUUGAACCAGUGAAUAAAGAAACAGUCGCCUUAGAGUAUAUUUUACGAUGCCAAGUACUUAUUCGUUAUCUGCAGGUACAAAACGGUUUUAUUUUUCGUUCGGGAUAAGGGUAAUCAAAUUAUUUGUUUCGUCUUUCAUAGUUAAGAGAGUUACUGUGAGAUUAAGGUAAAAUUUAUUUUAUUUAUCGCCUAAUUUACAUGUAACAUAACCUUCUACGUGGCUCGUCAAAAAAUUCACGAAAUACCUGUACUCGAAUAAGGAAAGUAGUUUCUAAAAGCUGUUAAAGUGAAUGAAUGAAUGUAGGUGUUAAAUAAUUUUUUUUUUCACGGUUUAAUGGUAUACUAUGUCGUUUUUGACGAGUCCCGUGUAAAACAAUCGACUGACUGGAGUGGCAGCAUCAACCUUUGAAGCAAUAUGACCGACAAUGCGCUUAAUUUUUUUUUUUUAGUGUAAAGUCUACUUAAAGGUUCUUUUCUUAAUUUUUAAUGCAAUUUUGCCAGUGAUACAAAUAGAGAGGGAUUAUUUUUAGAUCCAUACAAUAUAUACUUUUUCAUAGAACCGCACUCACCUCAUAGAAAAAAAAACAGAUUAGGUUAGGGUUUAGACCCAGAACUACUUUCAUCGUCAAAAAAGAAAUAGUAAUAUGAUAUUUUCGUAAAUGUUAGACAAUUUGUUGUUAGAAGUGAAUUAUAUUAGAUGUACAUUUUUUUUAUAAUAAUAAACUUAGACUGAAUAUUGUGAACAUGAGUAUAAAACCCUCUUUUAUAUAUAAAGCAUUUUUUAGUUUUAUCCAAAAUAAUAGAAACAAAAUAUUCAUUCAGAGAUGGAUAGAAACUACCGUAUUUCUUUUUUUAUAAGUAAUUUUUGAUGCAGAAAAAAUUUUUUAUUUGUCGAUGAAAGGGAUCUAGGUUAAAUCAGGAUAUUCUAUUUCUGGAAACCGUGAAAGGACUGAUUAUCAGUUUGAGAAGAAAAAAAAA